AACGCAAAUAAGUUUGUAGUCAUGUCUGAUCAUAAAGACAUGACACAUCGCCACCUUCGGCACAAGCUACAGAGUCUUGGCCGAAGACUGGAUGAACUGGAGGAAGCAACCAACAAGCUGCAAAAGUCUGAGGAUGAGCUGCUUGACCUACAGGACAAGAUCAUCCAGGCAGAAGGCAGCAACUCGUCCCUGCUUUGCGAUGUGGAGGCUCUGAGGAAACGUCUCCUGAAGAUCCAGGGCAAAGAUGAGGAGGUACGCAAGGCUGAGGAUCUUUGUCGCACAGUCAGAGAGAAACUGGAAGAGGAGGAAAACCUCACACAGGGGCUAAAGGCAGAGAUUGAACGUCUUCAACGAAGGAUGGCUGAACUGGAGAAACUGGAAGAAGCAUUUGGGAAAAGCAAGUCAGAUUGCAGCCAGCUCUGCCUUAGCCUCAAUGAGGAGAAGAAUUUGACCAAGAAGCUUUCAUCUGAGUUGGAGACACUUAAAGCCCGUUUGAAGGAGGUGGAGGGCUCUGAGACAAAACUGGACAGAGCAGAGCAGGCGUUGGCUAUGGAGCUCGAGAAACUCAAGGGAUUCACCCAGACCUUUGUGAGUGAGCGUAAGAGGCUGCUUGAGAAACAGAGAGAGGAUGAGAAGAUCAUUUUAAAGUUGGAAGAAAAGCUGGACCACCAGAAGAAUCGCCUUGGCAUGUCGACAGAACCCGGUCGUGCAGAUUUCAUGAGGUCAAGAAUUGAAAAUGAGCUUUCCUCCACAGGGCUCUUCACAAGUAAACUGGCUGGACGCAAGAAGAGCAUUGAUUACUUAAAAUUGGCUGAUGAUAAGAUUGGAAUUGUGAACAAAUCUGAGAAUGAGAAAAACAGCAGUCUGGAAGAGGAGGACAACAAAGUAAAGGAGCUGACACAGGAAGUAGAGAGGCUGAAGAACCGCCUUAAACAGUUGGAGAUAGUAGAGGAGGAUCUGAAGAACUCUGAGUCUAAGAAUGGUGAACUUCACGAAAAGUUCCAGAUCGAACGCAACCGAGCUCACCAGCUGAGCGAACAGGUGGAACAGCUCAGGACACAGCUGUGUGGAAAAGGUGGAAUUGGAGGAAAUGGAAUUAGUAACGUGGAAAAACACGGCAAUGGAAGCACUAGCAUUUGCUCCAACAGCCCCGCUAAGGUCCUGGAGAAUGGCAAAGCUGAGAAUGAAGAGAUUGUGAAGGGAGGUUUCAGACAAGAGAAGCCUAAAUAUAGGAGUGCUGCAAACAUCUCAGAACCAAGCUCCCCGAAACACAGAAACAGGGACCUCUCUCCUCAACAUAAGAGAGAAACCAAACUGAGGAGCAAAGAGCUCAGCCACUCAGAGGACAGUUCUCCUAAAUCUGUGAGGAGAGCCCUCAGUCCUGCUCACAAGAGCAGGAGGACACCCAAAACCCCAACUUCUUCAAUUUCCUCUGACAACGGAAUACGAGGAACUGAGGAAAAGACAAGAGGGGCCACAAACAGCUCUGUAAACACAACUUCUAGUGAUAUUAAAAAGGUGUCUGUUCUUAGUCGCUAUCCUCCAGCAGCUCAUGACCAGAAGCCACUGAGGACAGCUCACAAACAAACUGAUGGGGACAUUAAGAAGAGCAGAGAAAAGUUUUCAAAAGUGUACGUUGGUAGUGAUAGCGAAUCAAACAACUCUGACGUAGUGCCUGAAAGCUCCAGUAACAUGAACAGUAUUUCUGCACUAGAGAAAGAUACAGCGUCUGCCUCAGAUCAGGAGUCCGUAGACCCAGUUCAGGAGUCUGUCUCUGUAUCUGUCACUUCCACUCUAUCCAAAGAGAAUGGAUCGUACACAGCCUACAGGUCUCACAUCACUCCACUGCUGCCCAAUGACCCGGGAUCAGAGGGUCAUUCCUCUGCCUCUGAAACCGAAUCUACUGGUUCAAGGCCCUCUGAACCAGACCCCGUAACUGAGACGACUAGUACAGCUGUAAGCAGUAGGAAGGCUGCUUCCAGGUAUGCUAGGUACCCCCAUGUCCACGACUCGCAUUCAGAGGGCUCUUCUUCCAGGAGCUCAUUCGAUGAGGAGCUGCACAGCAGGACACUGUUAGCUGAGGGAGGCCACCAGGGGCCCAUCCACACUCCAUCAGGGAUCGAGAUCCAGCGAGUGUGCAGCCCACGAGAGGCACUGAGGUCAAAAGCUGUCAUCAAGCCUGCCAUUAUUGAGAUUGACAGGAAGGAAGUGAUGAUUUCAGAACCUUUGUCUGCAAAUGGCAAACCCAAGAUCUCCACCAAACCAGUCGUGACCACUACUAGUAAAAUGACUAGUUGUAUAACCAUCUACCCCAAUGACCCGAGCUCUUCCAGAACCAGCAGUCGCAGCAGCAGUGUUUCCAGUGAACCUUUGCCAGUCAGAGAACGACACACAUCUACCAGUAACAUCCUCAUAGGCCCCAGCAGUGACCACCAUGGCAGUAUUUCCGUCCCUUAUGAGAUCUCCAUACCCAAGAGUGAGAUUACGAUGCGGCCAUGUCAGGACCAGGACUGUGGGGCAGACAACCACAGUGAUUCUUCAUCAAGGUCCAAACCCCACAACACUUCCCGGGUGGAAACCACCACCAGCCACCUGUGUUGCCAACGCAGCAACUACAGCCUCCAGUCCUCCGACACCACCUCCGCGGACUUCAAUGACACAGAAUCAGGAUUCGAGAGCAGCAGUAGCACAACCACGGUCACCAGCUGGAGAAGCCAAAGACAAAGCCAGCACUCCCAAGAAGACAGUUUACCAGACAUGAAGAAUGUGACUGUGAGAAGCACCUGGAGGAACAAAGGUGCCAUGUCAGCGGAGGAGGCAGGUCGAGGAAGAGGGGGUACAAGGGCAACGACGGACGGUGGGUCUGAAGAUGAGGCAGAAGCUGCAACAACAUGGAGGGCUUAUCGAGCAACCACCUUUGACACAGAAGAAUCAGCAAACAGUGGAACAGGGGCUGCUGGGAAUGCUGCAGCACAGAAGGGAGUCAAGCCGACUCCUGCAGAGGUGUACAUGCGCAGAAUCAACAGCGGGGCUACAAACGCUAGAGAAGUCGAAGAACCGGGUGUUCGCAGAGGAAAGCGCUCUCAGUCUCCCAGUAUGGAAACUGGAGGCUUGGGAAGGACCAUACCCCACGCACCUGUUACCUCUCAGUCCUGGAGCCGAUCUUACUCACAACAACCACCGGCUGCUGAUAACUUGGACCCCAGUCCGAACCCGAGCCACAGCCCGGCCUCUUGGAGACGACAGCUGCCCAGCAGCGACUCGCACCACCUGGGGAGCUCUUAUGACCGCUCAUCCAAGACGGCAGGAGCCUCCUCCAGAGGAGGGGAGCUGUGGUCCGGCCGGGGUCAAGGGUCGGGGGCCAGAGCCGAGGGGAGGAGUGGAGCGGGGAGCAGACCAUGGAGCCGUCAGUCUGAACAUCAUUAGACCAACUGGAUAUGAGCAGGACAGCAGGAGGACAGCACUCCAUUAAGCUCUCAUCGGCACAAGGAGGGCCAAACACCAGUCUCCCAUCAACUAAUGGUUACAUAUAUUACCACCGUCUCUGGCAGACAACAUCUGCAGCUUUUGCAACAAGUAAAAGAAAAUAACAGCAACAUAGAACAGCAAAGUACAGCCCCGACCCUGAGUGUAUGCUAAGACAUGAACAACUCUCACUAUGUGGAACUUUCUUUGUCCUGGAAAAAGGUAUAAAUGGAAAGCCAGUGCCUGUACAGUCACCUCACCAGCCCAUGUAUCCUCUUCUGCUUCUUGUGUUGGAUGUAUUAUAGUGUAAUCCUGAAACUUGACAAGGGAGAGGCUGGCAUGCUGGGGAGGGCUGAAGAUUUUCCUGUGUGCCAGAGAGGGUUUAAAGAGAGUUAGAGGAAGAAGGACUCAUGAGAGCGAGAAUGCCUUUCUCUAAGGCACCGUCACAGUAACCUCAGCGGACCUGGAUGUGCCGCUUUUGCUUCCGAAUUUCAACGUUUCUUUCAUCACUGAAAAGAAAAAAACCCGAUCGUCAGUCAGCAGCAGCACUACUCUAACAAUGCACCUUUAUGUCACGGGGCUUCACAAACCAAAAGAUCUCUGCUUAAAUUAUGACCAAAAACAGGAAGCGAAUUACCCUUUUUUCAGAUCCGUAUAAUAUUUUCGUCCAUUUUCUUGCUUCUUUUCCAGAUUAUCUCACUCAUACAUACAAACCAUGCAAAUAUAUCCACAGACAAGAAACAAACACAUGCACAUUUUUAACUUUAGGUUUAUUUUUAAAUCCAUUUCACCACUUUCUGGCAUGAACUGACUUCAAAAUGGAUGUAAUUUGAGGUCUCAGAUGUUGAGUGGACAUUUGCAUGUUUCCAAGUAAUAAACAAAGCACACUUGAAAGUUGUGAUUCAGCAUGCACUCUGCUUAAAGGACUGCUGGUUGGCCGCAUUUUAGGAGCGUGCCUACAAACAUUAUUGUGACGGACUGGGACCUUAUUCAUGUUUUUUGUUGUUUUGAUUUGGUGUAAUUCGCUUCCUGUUCUGCAUCAUCUUCUCCCUUUCAUCUCAGUCAUGUUAAGUAAUAAGAGCAUAAAUUGCACGCAGUGACAUGCAAUUUACAUGUACAAAAAAAAAAAAAAAAAACAUAGCGGAGGUGUCAGUGUUUAUAACCUUAAACCAUGAUACAGUUUCCAUGGUGCUUUUUCAGCUGUUGCAACUGUCCUCAUUCAUGUAUUUUUAAGAGAGCCAUAGUAAAAUGGAGUUUCUGUUUGAACUGAACAUUGGACUUUGGAUUACCAGCAAACCUGGCCUGGCAGGACGGACAUUUUUUUUUCAGUCCUGCUGUAAAUACUGUGUACCCACCAGCCAGUCAUAGGAAAGACCCACGGGGUUGGACUUCCAACAAGGAACUGAACUUGUAUGUGACUGGGUUCGCCGUGCGAAUCAUCCCAGAUUCUUUGUUUCUUAUUUCUAUAGAGGUGUACUUUUUCUUUUUUGUUUGUUUGUUUCAUCAUAAAACAUCAACUUGUGGUUGGUAUGUUGGAGCAAUCUUUCAUUGGCGGGGGCCACUGCAGCUGUGAGUGUGCCAUAGAAUAGACUUAGCCACUGGCCAGUAAUAAAAAUAAGGUGUUUUCACUGAGAUGCAUACCUGUGACAGAAACCGUGCUGACAAUUUCAAACUGUAAAGUCUUUCUACAGGCUGGAUUUUAAGACUGUUACACAAGAUUCACUGCAGAGCGACAGGCGAUGUAAACUUUUGAUCCCAGAACAAAAUUUGUGAAUGUUGCUAAGGAAUGCAGCUGAGAAUGACCAAUUGCUUGAUGGUUUGAUGCAUUAAUCCAGCACGACUGCAUUCUUUGUCUCUUGAAUCUGCUGAAAUGCAGACAAAGUAACAUAACCAUAACUGUGACAACUCUGGACCAAGUUCUGGAUCUCUUAAAGAACUUGGAACUUUUCAAGCCUGCUCUCCAUCUGGUUCAUCUGCUGUUGUGGAUUUCAAUGCUGUGUUGUGUCGGACCCUGCUGGGGAUGAUCUGAUUCAGUCUGAAUACAUUUCUUAGCGCUCCUGCAUUCAACCAGCUGCCAUCUAGCUGUAAUAUUUAUUAGUACCCAUAUAUGUACAGGUUCUAUAAGUGUGAAGAGGUCUGCCUGGUGGCCGGAGCUCAGUCUGUUGCCACUUUGUCACUUUACUGUUUAUGCAAGCAGGAGAUUAUAUGCAAUCAAACUGUCCCCCAUACAAUGUCUGUAGCCAUGUCAGUCAUGGUCUGUACAUAAAGAUAUAGGAGGUGAUGACUGUAAAAAAGUUUGCCAGGUCCAAACUCAAAGGUUUGUUUACCUUCGGAAUGCACAUGCUAAUGUUUAUUUCCAUUGUUUACCCUUUGCUAGAAAUAUCUACAGGAUGUUCAUCUGUGCCUUGAGAUACAAUAGAACUAGAUUGUCCCAACAAAUUCAGACUUGCACCAUAUUCUUACACUUCCUGUACAGAUCAAAUACAUGCAAUACUGAUUGUAGGGUUUCACUUUGUUUUUUAACUUCACAUUUUUUUGAAAUUUAAGAACUGUUGUGUGGAUCAUUGUAAAAGUAUUUUGGUUGUCUGAGGGAACUUCUCCCUGAGGGAUGUCAAGACUAGGUUCCCUGAGUUUUUUUUUUUGUUUGUUUGGGUUUUUUUUGGGGGGGGGGGUUGUUUGUUUGUUUGUUUGUUUGUUUUUUCUAACCCAACUCAAAAGUACCAUUUUAAAGAACAUCGACCACACUGCCCAGAAAGCUGUGUCCUUUGGAUGUGACUGUCAGAGUGGCAGGGAGCAGCGCAGCCAUGUGGCUUCUUCAUGGCCACUGUUGGCUUUAUGUUGGAGUAAAAACAGACCAGACAUACUGUUCAGAGCUCUCAGUGCACAUGCCAUGACUUGAUGAUGAUAUAGUCCUUCUGUGUUCUCUCUGUUAUUGUUUGUACUGCCACUCUUCUCAUUUACCAAGACGAAAGCCAUUUCUUCCCCAAUCUCUCAUCUUUUCAACCAGCUCCAACUUCCCUUUUAGUAUUUUGGAGAAGCCAAGUGUCCCUUUCUUCCCCUUUCCUCUCGUCCUCGUCCUUCCUGUGUUUCUCUGCAUUUUCCUUGGAUUCUCAUUUCCUAGAAGGAAGGCCUUGGCUCUAAACAGCAGUCAUAUUUGUUGCUGGUUCAGAGAGUUGUUUUAUUGAAGGCCAGAGGCCUGUCACCAGACAGUGAUGGGCAGCUCCCUGGGUAGCUGAAAGGUCAGAGGUCAGGGCUGCAUCUAAUCCUGUCUCUACGUCUUGACUCAGGGCUUCUAAAUACAGGAGAAAGGAAGACAGACAGCUUGGCAGUGAUGUCCACUUGGUGGAUAAUUAAAACACACUGGGGUAUUGAAUGUCCAGUGAUCAUGCUGCCAGAGUGACACGUGGUCUUCUAUGGCUGCGUGGUGUUGUUAAUAUGUCAGCGAGGGUCCUCAUUUAAGGCUCGGCACGUGAACUAGUGUGUUGUAAACUUUUGCAGAUCCUUGAAUAAGAAGGUGGUGAAUGACAACGUAUGGGUGUUUAGAGCAGGCAUGCAGGGCUGGAGACGGCUUGUAGUUUUUCUUUGAGGCUGACGUUACUGUGUGUCAAGAUUACUGCAGAUAGCAACAUAGUGAUGCAAGUGCUGACACCAAUGCCCUCCUCAACCCCCAUCCUGCCUUUCUGGCCUCCAAAUAAAGUUCUCAUGUCACCUGUUUGUCUCCAUCCAAUCUAUGAUACUCUACCAUGCAGACACCAUCACUGCAUGGUAGAGUACACUGUGAAGCCAUUCAUCUGUCUUUUUCUCUUCCAUUCAUUCCUCUACCUUUAAUUUAUUCUGUUCUUAAACCUUUCUCUCCCCCUCUUUCCCUGAAAAGAGUGUUCAAGUUGGGGGUCCCAGGAAGAGCCCAGCUGUCGGAAACUGUAGGUUUUAUGACGCGUUGGAGGGCUUCCCUCCUGGAGACAGGGUUCAAAGCAAGCAAGGCUUUUUAAAGAGCACAGUUGAAACUCCAUCUUGGGCUAUGCACGCUGCCUUUCUUCCUUACAAGGCCCCAGAGUACACUAACCCCACAGCUAACCUGGCUGUACGUUUGCUCCGUCCACUGAAACCCUGCUGGGCUCUGAGUGCCAAAACGAAGACCGGCCGUGACUUCUAUCUAAAUGUGUUUUUGUGCAGAACAUCGCAUGUGACGGUUCUUAUUCGGCAGCUUCCAGUGGCGACAGCCUGUACAGCAUCGGCAUGAUGGAAUGCACUGAUUGGUCAUUUGGGACUCGAGUGAAGACUUUACAGUUCUCCAGACUUCUACGGCUUUUGUGGUGCUAUAAAGAAACAGCUUGUGAGUUUGAUUGCUCCUCUGAUUUGUGAAUGAUGGCAGUUUUUGCAGAACACGUGCUGAAGCGGAGCUCUGGUGUAAAAGCUGCUGUCAUAGUAGAUUAUUUUUGGGCGAGGCUAAGGACGAUAUGAGGAGAAGAUGUGGUUCAGAAGGUGGAGAGUAAAGAGGCUGCUUGUGUUUUCCUGCUCAAAUACCAGCUAAAGAAAUCCUCUUAAGUCCUGGUGGUAUAUGUAAAAACAUCCGUUAUUUACAAGUCAUUGUUUUUCCCUUUUCAUAAAGUAGACUAGAAUGUACUUAGUGGAGAUUGGAGUGGCGACGUAGAAAUGGCUCUCGGGCAGCGAGCAGGCCCUUGUCCUCAAAGGCCUCCAUUGUGAAGCCGGGGUCAUGGUGUCAUUGGGUGGCGUAGACUGUAAUCUGCACUUAACCAGCACUUAACUUUAAGACCUCAAACGACUAAUGCCCCCUUAGUCCUACUUCGUCAAAAAAGUUUUCCUCUUUCGUGCCCCAGAGUUGUACUUUAAGUCUGUUUUCAGUAGCUGUUUGCUGAAUGUAACACAGUCAGAUAUAUAUAUAUUUUUUGCACCAGCCAAAUUGGAGUAUUUACGAAUCAUCUCAUCAUUGAAAGUGAAAUUGGCAUGCACUCAGUGAAGGAAUUACAUUUGAACAUAUAUGUUGAGGUAUGGCACGCUGCUAUGCCGGUCUCAGCCUUCUAACAUUGUGCCAAAAUCAUUCCACAGUAUUUUACAGUUUACAGUUUGAGACAGUUGUUUCUCCAGAAUGCUGAAAUAAAGGGGAAAUAUUCAAUUUGAGGGUUAUCUCUUUUUUUUCUGCUUAUGUAUGUUUUUAUUUCUUUGUUAAACAAAAGAUGUCUUAUUUUGGAAUCUAUAUUGGAUAGAUUUUAUUUAAGGAAAAUCUUGUAAUUUUGUAAAGUGGGCCUUAUUAUUGAAAUAUAUUAUUUGUCCAUCUUGAUUUUAAGAAUGAUGUUUUUUUUUUGCAAGCUAAUGUAUCUUCAUCAUUGCUAUUACACUCCUGGAGAGUUCUUCUUCUUGUAUUAUGUGUUUUUGUUAGUUUAAUGCGAGACAUUUCUUACAACCUGGAGACAUGAUGACACACCGUGGAUCACAUAGGAAGACCGUUCAAAAACAGAAAACGAGAGGGAGAGAGAGAGGCCAGCAUUGUGUCAUAGUCAUUGAAGAAUGGGAGUUAUGUGCAUUUUAUCAGAGCAGAGCAGGUCACCAGCGCUGAGCGGUUCACCAUGUGUCCUCCUGGUUUUAAUGGCGGCCAUUCAGUGCUCCAGCCUCUUGCUGCUCCCUCGCUCAUAAAUUCAGGGUUUGUGCAUCUUCUGUGCUGUAUGUGUGUAAGAGCUGCCAAAGAAAGAAGCGUGCAGGCCCCAGACACUCGUGUGUCUGUAUAUUUAUACAUAUAUAUAUAUAUUGACGCACA